AUGGAAGAAUAAUUGUCAUAGCAAUUCGAUUGUAUCAAAUUUAUUGAAUCCCAUCUACAAGGGACUUCAGAUAUAGAUAUGCAAUUAACUGAUUUAACUUUUUAAUUACAAUUAUUAAAAUCAGAUUCAGAAGAAUAAAUCAUUUAAGAAACUAAAUCAAUUUACGAAAAUUAAGACUAAAUCAUUUAAGAUACUCAAUAAUUAUUUAAAGAAUUAAUUGAUUACAAAGAACUUCAAGAUUAGUAUAUUAGUUAAACUUUGCCAUUUCUAACUUAAGAUAAUAAAUUAUAUUAAAAAAUGGAUGAAUGUUUGAGAUACAAAAAAAAUAUUAGAGAUAGUUUAGAUAUGUUUGAAAUUGUGAUGCAAUUGGAUUAAAUAUAUGAUCAAUAUUCAAAAAUAAUAGAAGAUAACGAUAUUUAAUAAUUAUUGGACAAUAUUAAAAAUAAUAUAAGAAUUUUUAAAAUCUUAUUGUAAUUACCUAAAAUGAGUCCUAGAUAUGGAUAAAUAGAAAAAAUAGUUAAUUUAGUUGAAUCAUAUUGUCAUUAAGAAUUAUUCACUUCUAAAUAAUCAUAAUAAAAAUUAGAGAUUCUUGAUUUACUUGAUAUAUCAUCUAGAGCAGCUAGUAUUUAUUUACAAUAGAGAUUAAAAGUGAUAGAUUUAUCAUAAUUAAAUUUGAAUAACCUUUUAAAUACUUAGGAUGCUUAAGAAUUAAUUCAUCUUAUGAUUUCAAUCACAGAUAAUGAAUUACAAUAUUUGAGAAAUAUGAAUAAUUUCUAAUCUUUUUUCUUUGAAUUUUUAAAAUAUUUGAUUUCUUAUUUUAAUAAAAAUUUAUUCAAACAAUAUUUCAACUUUGAAAAUUAAUACAAUAGAAAUUUAGAAGUAUUCAAUUUAAUUAUUAUUAGUUUUUAUAUGGUUAUUUAACAUAUUAUAAUAUUUUGUAAUCAUAUUCUGAUAAAGGAUAUUUGUAACCUAAAAACUUUGAUUAAAUUUUAAAACUAGCUUUUGAACCUUAUAGCACAAUUAUUAAAGUUAUUGUUAAAAAUGAAUGUCAAUUUCUAUAAGGAAAUAUCAAUUUUUAAGUUGAUUCAAAUAAAUCUAUCAAUGAAAAAUUGUCAAGUUUUGAUUUUAAUAAAUAAGAAAUACUAGAAUAAUCUUUUAAAAGAUGUUAUGAUUUGAGUUUUUAGAUAGCUUUUGAAGAUUGGGUUUUUGAAUGUAUUAAAAUUUUAGAUAAUUUAUUAAUCGUUUUAAAUCAUAUUAUUGAUGAAAUUCCUUUGGAUUAAUUUGGAUAAUACAUUUAAUCAGUUAUCAACUAAUCAGAUAAUUAAUAAUUUAUUAAAGGAACAAAUUCAAAAUUUUAAAUGAAAACUAAUAUUUCUUUAUUUGAAUUGUUGAUAACUAAACAUUAUGAAUUACAUAAUUUUAGAACUAAUUAAUUAAUUGAAUUAGAUAUGUUUAUUAGAAAAACAAUUGAAAAAAACAUGGAAGAAGAAUUAUUAAGAUAGAUAUCUUAAAUUAUAAGAGAAAGUAUUAUAUAUUGAUAUAAUAGAAUUAUAAAUGAAUAGAAACAAAGUAAUUUUAAAUUAAUAUAUGGAAACAUUAUCAUUAACAUCAGCACUUCGAUAAUUAAUUGAAGAAUGCGAAAACAAACUUUCCAUUCAUAUUCUUAGAUUAUUAUUAUAAGAUAGUCUAAAUUAGGAUUAAGAUUAUAUUCAUUCAUUUACCACUAAUUUAGAAUUGAUUGAAAAUAUAUUUAAAUCAAUCAAGGCUAAUAAAAUCAAUUUUAAAGCUUGUGUUAAUUUGAAUUAGAAUGUUUCAUAUGAGGAAUUAGAAGAAAAAUCUAAAAAUAACUAUUUUAGUCAACCUACUUGUUUCUGGGCUACAAUGCAUAUUUUAGUAGAAACUAAAUUCAUUUAAAUCAAGGAAUUAAAACCAUUUUAUGAAAAAUUUGUAAUAUAUGAUAAUUUAUAUAAAUGA